UUUUCAGUCUGGCUGGCUGCUGUCCUGUCAUCGGUCUGGGUGUGGUUUUGCAGUCAGGGGUACCGUUAGCAGGAAAUCAAGCUGCAGUCCAUUUCACUUUUGGGCGAAACAAAGAAAAAUAUAUCUCCACGCGCGUCCGGUUAAAAUAGCUCUUCGUACUCGAGCUUUAAGUAGCGUUUGUCUCUUCGAGACGGGAGGGCGUUUGUUUGGCGCCGUUGUUCUGAUGGGAAAAAGUUUUCUGUUGGUCUCGCUAACUGCUCGUCUGAUUUAAUAACUUUUUAAAAUACAACCCGAACCAGACGUAAAAGGAAGGAAAGAUGCCGAAAACGAUUAGUGUAAGAGUCACCACAAUGGACGCUGAACUGGAGUUCGCCAUUCAACCCAAUACAACAGGAAAGCAGCUCUUUGACCAGGUCGUUAAGACCAUUGGGCUGCGGGAGGUUUGGUACUUUGGGCUCCAGUACCAGGAUACAAAGGGUUUUUCUACAUGGCUCAAGCUCAAUAAGAAGGUGACAGCCCAGGAUGUGAGGAAGGAAAGCCCGCUGCUGUUUAAGUUUCGUGCCAAAUUCUUCCCCGAGGAUGUGUCUGAGGAGUUAAUCCAGGAUGCCACACAGCGGCUGUUCUUCCUGCAGGUGAAGGAGGGAAUCUUGAAUGACGACAUCUACUGCCCUCCAGAGACUGCGGUCCUCCUAGCCUCCUACGCGGUCCAGGCCAAGUACGGCGACUACAACAAGGAAGUCCACACUCCAGGCUAUCUGUCCAGUGAACAGCUUCUUCCUCAGAGAGUUCUGGACCAGCACAAACUCAACAAGGACCAGUGGGAGGAGAGGAUUCAAGUGUGGCACGAAGAGCACAAGGGCAUGAUAAGAGAAGAGUCCAUGAUGGAGUAUCUGAAGAUCGCUCAAGACCUGGAGAUGUACGGAGUCAACUACUUCAACAUCAAGAAUAAGAAAGGAACAGAACUGUGGCUGGGAGUGGAUGCAUUGGGACUCAACAUUUAUGAGCAGAAUGACAAAAUGACACCCAAAAUUGGAUUUCCUUGGAGUGAAAUAAGGAACAUUUCCUUCAAUGACAAGAAGUUUGUCAUUAAACCAAUUGACAAGAAAGCACCUGACUUUGUAUUCUAUGCUCCAAGACUGCGCAUCAACAAGCGCAUUCUGGCUCUGUGCAUGGGCAACCAUGAGCUGUAUAUGCGCCGCCGCAAACCCGACACCAUCGAAGUGCAGCAGAUGAAGGCUCAGGCUCGGGAGGAGAAGAAUCACAAGAAGAUGGAGAGAGCUCUGCUGGAGAAUGAAAAGAGGAAAAGAGAACUUGCAGAAAAGGAAAAGGAAAAGAUUGAAAAGGAAAAGGAGGAGUUAAUGGAGAGGUUAAAGCAGAUUGAGGAGCAGACAAAAAAAGCCCAACAAGAGUUGGAGGAUCAAACACAGAGGGCUCUGGAGCUGGAGCAGGAGAGGAAGCGAGCACAGGAGGAGGCUGAACGCCUGGAGUCCGAGCUAAGGGGUGCUGAGGACGCCAAGAUGGCACUGCUGCAGCAGUCAGAGAACCAGAUGAAGAACCAAGAACACCUGGCCACAGAGUUGGCUGAGCUGACUUCGAAGAUUUCCCUCCUGGAGGAUGCCAAGAAGAAGAAGGAAGAUGAAGCACAGCAGUGGCAAGAGAAGGCUACCAUGGUGCAGGAGGACCUGGAGAAGACCAAAGAAGAGCUUAAAAGCAAAGUCAUGUCGGCUCACGUCCAGGAGCCCCUCAACGCAGAGAACGAGCACGACGAGAACGACGAGAGCAGUGCAGAGGCCAGCGCCGAGUUAACGGCCGCCGCCACGUACAAGGAUCGCAGCGAGGAGGAGCGCAUGACCGAGGCUGAGAAGAACGAACGUUUGCAGAAACAUCUACUUGCUUUAAGCUCAGAGCUGGCCAACGCUCGAGAUGAGACCAAGAAGACGGUGAAUGACAUCAUCCACGCAGAAAACAUGCGAGCUGGACGAGACAAGUACAAGACCCUCAGACAGAUCCGGUCAGGAAACACCAAACAGCGCAUUGACGAGUUCGAAUGCAUGUGAUGUGCGCGUACACCAAUGCAAAAGCCCACACAGCUGGGCCUUUCUGCCUGGACUGCAGUCCUGCCUCACUCAAGCUGUUUUCUCUGUACGCAAAUAAAUCAGAUCCACAACAUGACAUGGCUGCAAAAGCACAGCACAAUGUACAAACACGGAUCUGGAAAAUUCCAUUUGUUAUCGUUCCUAACUUUGAAUUUAGGCAAGUCACUGGUUGAAAAGGGACAUACUGUAUUUUAUUAGUACAUUCCUCACAAGGGGUUUAUGUAGCAUUUUAGUAAUGGGCUCACGCCUCAUUUCAUGACACAUUGAGUCAGCAUUUUCAAUUUCUUUAUAUAUUUCUGUCACAUUUUUGUAUCAUGAUUCAAAUUAAGACUCAGAACAAUCCAAAUUUCAGGUUGUGCCUAUAGACAUAUUUCUGCUGCACACAUACAGCGGUUCAUCACAGCAAGCUGGAUUUUCCAGACAGUAAUAUUCCUCCCAUUAUGCAUUGGCCAGAGUUUUGAAAUGAAAUGCACUGUAAUCUACUUAAGUAAGUCAUAUGAUAUGACUCAUCUGGGUGGAGCAUUCAAAGAGCAGUAUUAUUAUUAUUAUUAUUAUUAUUGCAAAUUUACAAUCUAUUUACUAUUUACAUUUGACUGUAAGCAGAAUCUGCCAGAUGACAAAUAUUACAGUAUUCACACCCCACUCACAAUGUGAUAUUAAAGAUCAGUAUUUAGAAUUUCUUUUGUCUGUUUUUACAUUUUUGAACACCUUCAAGUCAGUUUGCAACUACAAGGCUUCGGUGUAAAUUUUACUGUUAAGACUCCAGCAAAUUUAUUCCUUAUUUCCUGCAUUGAGAAACCCUGAAUUGUAGACAAAAUGAAUUUGAAAUGGCACAAAAAAUAGAAACCUAAGCUUUACAUCUUAUAUGUUUGCUGUGUAGAAUUUUAUCAUCACCUUAACUCUUUCAUGUAACAAAAAAAGAAAGUUGCGUUUCUGCUAUGAAGCAUCAGAUGCAAAUCUGGUGUCUGUAAAGCUUUUGAUUGCGGUUGAAAUUUUACCUGCAAAAUCAAAUAAAUAUAAUGCAUUUUCUACAUAUACACAGCCCACAUCUAUAGAAACAAACCAUCACAAUUCAGCUAUUUAAUUUAACUUAUAGGACAUUUGAAGUUGAUUUUACUGUACUGUUUUAUCCUAGUUUUAUUCCUCUUCAUUUAAUUUUUGAUCCUGCUCAUCAGUGAAGAUUUUUGAAAAUCAAAAUACAUUUUUAUAUAACCAGCACAGCAUAAGGAAUUACACUGUAAUUGUCACAUGUCAAGUUGGCUUUUGUGAGCGAACAAAUGCCAAUGAACUCAUCUGUAAAGGUGAAAGCUGUAGUUUAAUCUUAACUGCUUGGUCAUGUUUUCUUCACUAAGAACUUUUUUCCCCCACAAAAUCUUGUUAGAAUUUGAUGCAUAAAAUAAAAAUAAUUUGAUUAAACAUGCACUGGAAAACUUUUGAAAAAUGAGACACAACCUAUUUGCUGCCCUACAGGGGCACUGUUUCCAAUGCAUUCAUUAUUGAUCAUUGAUAUACUGUGUGUAUGUAAUUACAUGUGUGUAUUUUGUAAUUGGGAUUUUUCAGAUAUGAUAAACUUGUGUAAGGUGCCAAAAAGGACACCUCUGAGGAUAUUUUUGUAUUAUAAAAGUCUAGAAGUGCUUGUCAAAGAUAACAGUUUUUGCUCAAAAUGAAAUGCAUUUUGAACAUAGUAUUUUGUUUUUAAGAAAAUGAACAGCUCACUGUUGUGGUUGUAAACUGAUGGAACAAGCAACACCCAAAAGCCUGUGAUAGGACCAAUGACAAGCCAGAUACAGGAAUUACUUUUGGCAAUAUACCAUGAAUGGAAAAAACCAGGGCCAAAACAUUUUUCCAUAAAAACCCAACAUACUUCCAUGUGCCAAUACAUUCUGACAUUCAGACAUGCAACAGGUUUUGCUUGUUCAUAGAUUUUUUUUAGAAAUUAGUGUUUGAAAGAUUUAUUUACACUAUUUUGCAAUUUCAAAGUAAAUGUAUUUUAGUGAUAAAUAUUUCUUUUUAUUUUAUUUUAUUUUGACGUCUGUUAUUGAAUGAACAUUUGUCGUUUGUACCAAGAUACAUUUUGAUAUACAGUGUUUUUGCCCAUUGUUGUGUGUAGUUCUUUUAUCUGCCAUGAAAUGUAAAAAUGCAGUUGUUGCUAUUUUGGAUACCUUUCCAUGCCUUUGACAAUAACUUUUACGAUGCUGCACUGAAUGUUCUACCUGAAGCGCCAUGUAUUGACAGCCUUCCUCUAAGAAAUCAAGCGUAAUUUGAACUCGAGUCAUCAUGUGUGAAGAAGAAAUGUAUUCAAAGAUGCUACUCAAUAUCUUGUCUUGAAUCAAAAAGGACUGAAGCAUAAUUAAGAUUGUAAAUUGACAGUGCCUUGCCCAGGUUAUUCAUCAGAUCUUGCUGCUUAAAGUCUUCCUUUCACAAUGAAUAAAAGUCAGAUUAAACUGC